GCGUCCAUGAAAAUUUGCACAUGUAUGUCGUUCUAUGUUAAACAGGUUGCACCCGCCGAACCUUAUGUCACUUGCUUAUAAAUUUACAGACUCAUCAGAAAGACCCUUAUGUCAUCUGGCAGUCCCCUCAAUAAAUGGUAAAAAUGUAUUAGAGUUAAGCCAUGGGAGAUAACUCACCUCCCCUGGAUGGGGGCUGGGGCUGGAUGGUUGUCCUUGGCUUUUUUGGCUGUAAUUUCUUUAUGGUUGGUAUUGCCAAAUCGUUUGGAAUAAUGCUGGAGGAACUGGUGAUUUACUUCAACACUGACAUGGCUACAGCAGCACUGGUGAUGGGGGUGGCUGGUGGCAUCUACACAUUGGCUUCUCCAUUAGGUCUAGCCUUUGGACAAGUUUUUUCUCAGCGUGUGGUCGUCAUUUUUGGCGGAAUCAUGGGAUGUUUUGGUGUGUCCUUGUGUUACUUCGUCGUCAGCAUAGAAUAUGUCAUCUGCAUGUUUGGCAUCUUUGCGGGUCUCUCCAAUGCCUGUUUGUUUGGAAACGGUUUGGUUAUGUUGGGCUACUACUUUGAAAAACGACGGUCUAUAGCCAACGCCUUGGCUCUGAUUGGUGCAAGUGUGGGCCAGUUUGGAAUUCCUCCAAUUCUUCAGCACCUCCUUGAUACCUACACGAUCCGAGGAACUUUUCUGUUUCUUGGGGGUUUCUACCUGAAUUUAUGUAUCUGUGGAGCCCUGUAUCGCCCUAUAUCACUCUACGCCAACAGGAAUAGUGCAGAUGUUGAGGCAAAAGAUUCUCUCAAUCAGAACAAUAUAACAGAGUUGGAAGUUAGCUAUGUAGAUACUACAGGAAACCAUCACAGCGAGACAGAGACUCUAGCCCCAGGGAACUGCCACAAGGUCGAAGUGUCAGAGAUAGCUUUGUUAAAGUCUGAGAUGAGAUAUGGACAUCUCUCAAGUACUGGCAGUUUGGUGAUGGGUUCAAUGGAAAGUCUCGGUCAAAUUGUCAUUGCAGAAAGUAAACAGCUAGACAAAGUAAAACAAAGGUCCUCAAAUAGCACAUUCAGCUGUGGCCUGACUUGUCCGAAGCUGAUCUACUGGUCCGAGUUUAAGAAACCCAUAGUCGUAAUCUACACCCUGGUCAGUUUCUUUUUAUUCUUUGGCUACUUCAACUUCAUCAUCUUCUUGCCCCUUGAUGCAGCCUCUAAGGAGAUAGAUAAACACAGCAAGACUUGGCUUGUAUCCAUAUCCGGCAUUGGCGACUUGCUGGGUCGUAUAUUCAUCGGUGUUCUAGGUGACCUGAAUGUUUGUAAGAGGUACAAGAUCAUGUCAGUCAUGUGCAUUAUCUGUGGAACAAACAUCAUCCUGUACGGAAUCGCGGACACAUACUGGUGGAUGGCCCUCCAUGUGGCUGUGUACGGGUUCUCGGGCGGGGCCUAUGUUGCCAUCAACGCUGUCGUACUGAUUGACCUUGUAGGCCUGGAGGUCAUGCCUCGAGCUCUUGGCCUGAUCCUACUUAUUCAGGGAUUCGGUGCUGCUGUUGGACAGCCGUUUGAAGGUUAUAUAAGGGACAUCACUCUGUCGUUCCAAACACUUACUUACCUGAAUGGAUUCUGCAUGAUCUUCGGAGCUGUGAUCCUCUUCUUACAUCCCAUGAUUGUCGGACUGUUUGAGCCGAAGUAUGAACAGCCACUAGACGCCGCCACCAUCAUCAACACAUCAACCAUGGAUUCCUUCAACAAGACAGAAAAUGGAGAAAAAGUGGAAACAUUAGCUUGACACCUGCCCAGAAUUCGGGAUCUGUGGUAUCCUUGUGUAAUAUUUAAUCCUGAGAUUAUAAUUAAGUGUCUUUUUAUAAAACCCGGUCUGGACUGGACAAUAUUUAUCCUGCAGUAAGCUCAGGGGGGCAGAUACGUGUGUGACUAAGUAGGAUUUAUUGGAAUUCCUACUUAAAUGCAAUAUAUUUGGAUGGGCUUAUUACCAGGCAUGGGCUUAUUACCAGGCAUGGGUUUAUUGACGCAUAAAUAUUGAUAUAUUGGUAUGACAUUGUCUGUCUGUACCUCCGUCCUGCUUCUUGUUUACAGUAUAAUCAAUCCCACAAACCUAUGUCACCGAAAGUGAUAUUGGGCAUGGAAACUCCUCAUAACAAUACCCACCUUGAAGUUUAAUUUUUACCAAGCUUAUUUCCUAUUCUCUUGUUCUGCAGGAACAUCAUUUUACAACUAAAGAAAACAGUACAAUAACUGAAAUUUUGAACUUAAGUUAUUCAACACAGCCCGAAGUAUUUUCAAAUGCUUAAACCAAAUGUUUUAGCAGUUGGUGAAAUUGUCAGAAAUCAAUGAAUAAACAUGACCAGGAUUUGCCCUUGUUUUUCGUAUUAACAUUGAUACAAUGUUCUUAGAUACUACAAUGUUUUACCGGUAUUACAAUCAAUAGGUUGCUAUCUCUUUCAGUGAUGCAGGGUGGUGGGAUUGAUAAUAAGAUAAAGUGAAGUGAUGAAGUUAUUUAGUGAAGGGUAAUUGUAACAUGUAUCAGCUCAUCACCUGGCACAAAGUGCCUAGGAGCUUAUAGAAUGGUGUGAUGGCCGCCGCCCAUCAUUCAACUUUAAAAAAAAAAUAUACUUGUUUAGAAUCAUUAGGCAUAGAAUCAUGGUAUUUGGCAAAGUACUUGGCCCUUCAGGCUAGGCUAGCUAAAAAUCUUUGAAAAUAGGGUUCUGUCAGUUGUAGAGAAAGGAUAUUUAACAUGCUUUGUUAGCUUGCUUGCUUUCAAAUUUAAUUUAUUAGAUAAAUUCAACCUCAAACCACUUUGAAUGUCACAAGUGAAAUAUGUUUACAGACAGCAUUGAAAAACAGGUGAACGAUGCAGGCCCCUUGGGUCUCUUGUUUAAAGGGCAUUGAGUAAGGUGAGGAUAACAAAUUUAGUUCAAUAUUCAAGUCAAUGAAUUAACAUUUUAAUUUUAAAGUAUGUGUAUUGAUCACAUCAUAUUUAUUCUACUGAGCUAUUUUAUAAUCAACUCACUUAGUUUAAACAUUUUUUCCUGUUUUCUUGUUGUUACUUCAUCAUGAACACUCUUUUAUUUGUUGUUGUUAUUAUAUCUGAUUCUUUAUCAACCUUUUUCUGUUAAAGCGUACCUGCUGUUUUUCAGGUUUUUUUUCCUUAUUAAGGCCACACAAAAAAAAUAAUAUGUGUUUCUUGUAACAUGUUGGAAAAAUUUAGGUUAGAUAGGAAGGUAACAAAUUUGAUUUUAAGUAGUAGUUUUAUAUAGGAAUGUGAUCUUGACUUUAACGGUGCUUCUUUGAAAAUUGCCUUAAAUUGUUCGGAUAGGCACAAACAAUUCGGUCAGUAGGGUUACCUUGAAACACUAAAUAGGUUUUGUUUGGCCUAAUGUGAGAUAAAACUGUUAUGUUUAUUCAGUGUUACAAGCUUAACUGGUCUAGCAUACUUGCCCAUUUUUCUGUCACAAAGAAUGUGUUCUAUUUGCGAUGCCUUUCAUCUGUCAUCGUCCAUCAUGUGUCUAGUGUCAGUUAACUAUUUACGUUUACAACUUCUUCUUUUAAAAAAUCAUUGAACAAAUUUCAAUUUUUCAGGAAUCUUUCAUGACCAGCAAUUAGCAAUAUUAAUUUUAUUGUGAACUAUCUAAAUCACACCCCUCAGGAACCAGAGGGCUGGGACCAAAAGAGUCCCACAGUUAACUAAUUUACCCAUAUAUAUUUAAACUGAACUUGCCCGGUCUUUGAUUUAGUAAGGUUCAAGUGUGACUUUAUGUGUAAAUGGGUUAAAUGGCUAUUAGUUUUUAGGUCACCUGAGCUUUGCUCGUGACCUAUUCUAAUCGCUUUUCGUCUGUCGUCG